AUGAAGUUGGUGUGGCAGUGCCACAUUAAGGUCAAGGACCUGCAGGUCCAGUGCGUGGGUGUAAAUGGCCACAAUCGUUGGUCUGGUAGGGCCUCCAAGACCAUUCCCUUCAUGCAGGAGCUGAACCCCAUUCGGGUGCCCAAGGAGCCUGCACCCAUGUCCCACCCUGUCACCUCCAGUGACACAUCAUUGGAGGAGGGGACCUCAGGCCUUCAGUACCCUGCCCUGAACUCCUCCCCAGCUAUUGCCAUCACUGCAAUAGAUAUCAUCUCCAUGGUUAACACCAGAAGCAAAAAUCAAACUUCUGUCACAGAAUUCAUCCUCCUGGGGUUUGGCAAUAAAUAUGAACGGCAAGCUCUUGUCUUCAUGCUGUUUCUAGUGAUCUACGUUGUGACUGUGGCUGGGAACAUCCUCAUCAUUGUGCUGAUUUUGACUGAUCAGCACCUUCACACCCCCAUGUAUUUCUUCCUGGGGAACUUGUCCUUCCUGGAGACCUGUUACAGCUCCACCACCCUGCCCAGAGUACUGAUGAGUACCCUGACUGGUGAGAACCACAUUUCCUUCACAAGUUGUAUCACCCAGUUAUAUUUCUUUGGUGGCCUGGCAGCUACAGAAUGCUUUCUCUUCUCUGUAAUGUCUUAUGAUCGUUAUCUGGCAAUAUGUAAACCUCUGCAUUAUAUGGCUAUUAUGGAUAGUAAGCUUUGCUUGCAACUAGCAGCCGUCUCUUGGAUAAGUGGCUUUGUGGGUAAUACCGUAACUACUCUCUCCAUAACACAGUUGACUUUCUGUGGUUCCAAUGUAAUUGACCAUUUCAUCUGUGAUUUCAUCCCCGUGAUACAACUUGCCUGCAGUGAUCUCCACCUGAUGUACAUUUUGAUUUUUAUCUUCUCCAUACUAUUCACACUGAUGCCAUUUCUCUUAAUCUUGACGUCCUAUAUUUGCAUUAUCACCGUUAUCCUGAGAAUCCCUUCUAAUACGGGGAGGCAAAAGGCCUUCUCCACAUGCUCCUCUCACCUGAUUGUAGUGACAAUUUUUUAUGGGACCCUGAUUAUUGUCUAUAUGUUUCCAAGCACUCAUUCACUGAGAGACCUAAGCAAAAUGUUCUCAGUCACCUACACUGUUUUGACUCCCAUGGUUAACCCCCUCAUCUAUAGCCUGAGAAAUAAGGAAGUGAAAGAGGCCCUGAAAAAGCUGCCUAAAAUGUGUAGAUUUUACAACAACUGCAAUUUUUUUUAA